UUACAUAGUUCCUGUCGAGUUAACUGACAUUUUAGCAUACUUAAGUAGCUGCUACUGAUGUUAACGCAUCAACAAAAAGUUAACUUAGUUAAUUUAGCUUCUGUACCGCACCGAGUAUUUUAACACAAACAAGGAUUUGUAAUGAGUUGUUUGUCCACAGUAACUACAAUUCCCACAAUUCACCUAACGUAACUUACGUUACGCACUUUCUAGAAGCUAGGCGACUCUUCACUUCAGAAUAGUUAGCCAACGUUAGCUAACGUCAGUUUAACCCAGCCUUCUUUCAAGCAGUUCAGUGGCCGUUAAUUUGGGGACUAUUUCUUCUUGCAGGCGGUGUUAUAAUAGUAGGUUAGUAAGACUUGAGCACUUAGAGCCCGUUGCUGUGUGCUAAUGGGGAUAGCUAACAUUAUUCCAAAGCAAAACAGAAAACUGCGAACUGGCAGAGACGAACUAGCUAACAGCAAAACGUCAACAACAAAAUAACCAAGGGGUUGGGCAGCUGCACAUGUUGGUCUGUAACGCUAAAUGUUUCUGGUUAACUUGUGCAAAGUUGUUAUUUAGUGCAGGUAUGAAGCUGUCAUUGCGUCACGGAACUUGGCCAGUUUUAUCCCGUAACGCUUAACUAACGGGAACAUGCAACGAUGGUAUUGUGGCUAGCUAGAAAACCAGCCAGCUGUCCUCGUCUAGACAUAUUUAUAACUUGGUGUGUGCGUCAUGUAGGUUACAGGAAAUACCUUUUAUCAGCUUAUCUGACUGGUAUCAAUACUGAUCUUCCAGAUCAAAUCCGUUUGUAGUUAUCCACCCGUGUGUCUCUUCAAAUCAUUUCAUCGACUGGACCACCUUGCAUCACUCUGCUCCCUUAAGCAGUGAAGGGGGGCCCCUGCCGGCCAUGUAUUCAUUUUCAGGACCCACAAGCCUUCCUGAAUUUGACCUCGGACCCCCAAGUACGUCUGGUAACCCGCAGAGAGCACCUAUCUCCAACAACAGCUGGGAGGCCCGAUGCCUCAGGAAGCACAGGAGGAGAGUUGAUGAUGAGGGAUGCAGUGCCAAAAGGAGGAGGUUAAUGUUGGAGGCAGAAGUGGAAGCAGAGAGCUCAAACAGUAGCACUCGUCAUGACUGGCCUACAGCAAACAACUGCCCUCCGCUGUCUGCACAACAAGGCAGCCCUGCACUUCCACAGCCCUUCCCAGCGCCUCCGAACUUGACUUUGGCUCAGCCCUCCUCUGCUGUUUCACGACCCGAAACAGAGAGCUCCUGCAUGGAGAUAGAGGCAGCUCAGAGGAGACUUCAGGAGAUUGAAGACAGAAUAAUUCUGGAGGAUGACGAUGAAGAUGACGAUUUGGAUGUAGAGCCAGCCCCGAGACGGCCAGUACUGGUGAUCUCUGACAGUUUGAAGGAGGAUCUACAGCGCGGCAUUAGUGACAUCCUACCCCACACAGUAGCCCAGUCUGUGAGCCACUCCUGCAUGGAGUUGGUGUUGUGGCGGCCACCUGACGAUCCCUUCUGUCGGAAGCGAAAGGGACCGUUACAGAAACAGCGGAAACAACAGACAGUAUCUCGACAACCCCCGACACCGUGUCCAUCUCCCACCCCUCACGGUCCCCUCAGCCCCUCUCGCGCCACUGCAGACACAGACUCUUCUAUGUACAGCUUUCCUGUGGCCUCUGGAGAGGAGGACAUGGAAAUGUAAUAGUGUUUAAUGACUUGAAAAGCCAUGCCAAAGACUGGACAUGUAGUGACAAAAAGGACUAUAGAGGAACCAUUUUAGGUUGGUAAGUUUGGUGAGGCAUGUUGACUUCACAUGAAUAUUUGUGUUUUGGACAGUUUGUGCAACACAUUCUUUGUUUUACAGACGCUCCGUUUAGGUUCUCUGACUAUAUAAUGUAAGAUGGAACAAUAACGCUGACUUAAUAAUCAGUUUUAUUAAUUUAAAUUUCCAAAAAACUCCCAUGAUCUCAAGACUGAAAAGUUCUUUAAGCAGCCUUAUAACCCAUUUCACAGAAUAAACAUUUGCCCUUAGAAAUAUGAUAAUUUGUACAUAAAUUUGACAAAGUCUGGCCAAAAACACGCUGAUGUACUGUGAAUAUGACUUUGUUAAAUAUCGGUGUGUAGCACCGGAAAUUUGUACAGUUUUUAUGUUCAGCUUCUGGGCCUUGAUAGCGAGACACUAAAAAUUGUUUCUGCGUGUUCACAUUUGCUCACAGCACGACUUCCUGCUUGCAGCUGUACUUGUUGUGGUAAAAAAAAGAUUAUCUUCCUAUAGUGUUUAGCAAGUACGCCAUCUGUGAGCUUUGAGGAAUUUAUAAAGAAGUCGUAGAAAUGCACCUUUUAUAUGAUUUGAUUGUAUUUUCAUAUGUACAUUGCUAGAAUUGUUAUCAGCCAUCGAGUGGUGUUACUCUUUAUUUGUUAUUAAAUAAACUUAUAUGUUGAGAUUUUG